UAAGUAACCGCUUUGUUGCCGCGGAAAGGCGAGUCGUCGAGAUGAACGAAGGCGUAAAUGACCAGCUUGCGUCCUUCAUCACGGCCCUCGUCCAGAAGGAGCUGGAUGUGCUGUUCAAGUCCCGCGACGAAAACAUCGAGCGGUUGAACCAGCAAGUGAGGGCGUUGAUCAAAGACGUCGAGCGCAUUACGAUGGAGCUGGAGUCUAGAAGUUCGUGGAAUCGAAGCUUGGCCAAAUGCGAAGUCAAGUCCGAUGCAUCCCCGUCCAAAAAGUGCAAAUUGUGUACUACAUUCUCUGUGUCGCGUAACUAUUACAUAGGAGAAUCGCUCAAAAGUCCUUCAAGCGAUUGCCAGCCAUCGAUCCGACCGAUGACGACGCUACCGUCGCACGAAACGAAGACGGCAAGCUCGUAUUUGACAAGAAUCUACCUCGUGUGGCCAACAUUGGCAAGAGCAACCAAUCGUUCUUGAACACACUGACGCUGCAGUCGCAGAAGCAAAAGAUCUACGAGCAGGCGUUCGUGCGGUACGCAGAGUGCAGGAGCACGGUGUUCGCCCCGAGCAGCUGGGACCCUCGCAACAUCUCUGUGCAGCAACUGGAGCUCCCCAACAUGCAGCUCAAGCUGUCGCGGGUGCACGGGUACCACAGCACCGCCAACUCGAACGUGUUCUACUUGGCAAGUGGCGAGCUCGUGUGGUUCACGGCCAAAGUUGUCGUCAUGUACUCCCAGGCAAGGCAGAACCAGCGAUUCUACCUCGGCCAUACAAAAGAAGUCACGGCCAUGGCUCUGCAUCCGAACAUGGCCGUGGUGGCGUCUGGUCAGUGCGGAAGAGACGCGGCGGUUAUAAAUGUAUGGGACAGCACGCGCGCCAAGACAGAGCCGACCCACGCCCUGGCCAAGCUGGAAGGCCACUCGGUGAACAUUCGGAGCGUGAGUUUCUCGCAUGAUGGCAAGUUGAUCGCGUCGUUGGGCGGAGACCUGUACAACACCAUUUGUGUGCACGACUGGCAGGACCGGACCCUGCUGGUCAAAGCCAGAGGCCACAGCUCCAAGGUGUGGACGGUGGCCUUCAAUCCAUUUCAGGCGUAUGGCAUGCCAGACAAGGUCAAGGCACAGCCGCGACUGUCCAAGAGGCAAAAGUGGGAGACUCGGCCCCAGCCCGGCCAAGCCCUGCGUGACGAAGACGCGUGCUACACACUUGUCAGCUGUGGCGUGCAACACAUCAAGUUCUGGACGCUGACCCAAGUGGAGUACUCGCCUCCGAGCACCGUUGCCAAGGAAGAGAGCGCGUUCUAUGGAUCGUGCUUUGGAGGUCCAAAUCGAAUGCGGCAGCCCACUCCGCAUGAAAAAGUGUGGAAACUCGAGGGCAACCCUCCGCUGAUGAAAAGCGAAGCCCAAGACUUUACCUGCUUGGCGUUCACCAACGACAACAUCCCGCUCCAAGUGUACGACGAAGCCACGGACUCCGUCGCAGAUUCCCCCACCCAAGGCGACACGACCCUCGGCCGCAUUGUGGCAGGUACUGCCAAGGGCGAUCUGUAUGUGUUUUGGCAGCCCCGCAAGUCUCCAACUUUGGACGUGCGUCAGUCGUGGUGGGAGCUCCCGGCGGCGUCGUGGCAGUUGGGGGACGACAUUUGCAUCGAAAACGUCCAGUUUGAGUCCACGGCCAAGCUCGUAGAAAUCAUCCCCCACGACGUAUCGACUGGCAACCGGUUCAAGAUCUCUCGCCACGCCCAAAUGGAGCUGCAAGACAUUCACCAACGACUGACGUUGAAGCCAGAUGCCAAGCCUCUGCUGGACCGCCUCGCCAGUCUCGAGUACAAGGGCCCGCUGGCCCACGUGACUGGCCCGUGCAGCCAGGUGGCGUGCGACGCCAAGACGGGGAGCAUCGCGUCGGCCGGUGCCGAUGGAAACAUUCAUAUUUGGAGCCUCCACUUGCUCGAUCCGAUGAAGGUGUGUGGCACUCGUACGCUGGGCCUGUACACGCCACUGCACGGGACUGCGAGCGACGGGCGACACAAGCUGCAGCUAGAGCAGAGUCUUCAGAUCCCCAGCAAGGCGCGGCUGACGAGUCUGCAAUGGAGUGGGGACAGACGGCUCGUGGCGGGGCUAAGUAACCACAGCAUUUGGGAGGCGGACGUCGCUUCGGGCGAGUGGAGUGUCGUGGUGGAAGGCUGCGAGGGCAGCGUGUUGGGUGGCGUCCUCAUGGAGGCCCAGAACGAGCUCGUGACAGUGUCGAGCGACCACCUCGUCCGGUGUUGGGACCUCGCGACCCUCACGUGUGUCCAGAAGUGGACUCUUAAACCCACAGGCGUAUGCAUUGAAGCCCACCCCGGUCGCCGCGAAUUGGUGGUCGGGUGUGCUGGAGGCGAGCUGGUGCUGUUAAACUACCCUGAGCUGUCGGAGAAGAAGACGUGGCGCGUGCUGUCGAACGAGGGCGUGAGUGUGUUAAAGUACAGUCCCGACGGCAAGUACUUGGCCGUGGGAGCCAAGGACAACUGCAUGCACGUGUUCGACGACAGCUACAAGAAGGUUUCCAAGUGCGAAGGCCAUGCCACGUAUGUGUCGCAUAUUGACUGGAGCGUGGACGGGCACCUCAUGCAGACCAACUCUGCGGACGGAGAGAUCUUGUACUGGCAGGUCCACGGCGCGUCCGUGCGGCAGAUCACCGACAGCGUCGUCAUGCGGGACAUUCUGUGGGACCGGUGGAGUUGUGUGUUUGGGUGGCCGGUGCAGGGAAUAUGGGCAGACGACAGCGCGUGCAGCGACGUGUCGGCCGUGACGCUGCUGGACGUCGCGCCCAAGUACAAACACCGGCCGGCGGAUGUGCACAAUGUGCUCGUGGCUGACCGUAGCGACUUGCGCUGCUUUCGCUGGCCGUGCAUGAAGUCCGCCCAGAGCUAUACCUACCACGGCCAUGCAGCCAAUAUCACGUGCAUCUUGACGUGGAAGGAGCAUAGCAUCGUCACCUUGGGCGGCAGCGACGGAACUAUCAUGGAGUGGACGGCUGUGGCGAAUGAAGGAGGCCCCACAGACGAAAGGAGAGAUCGAAUUGAAGGGGACAAUACAACACCUGUGUACGACGUGGAGGUACCAGUGGACCCGCCCACAAGUCCUACCCCGCCGCCCAAGUCUGCCGACAGCAACCACCGACCUAGAACCCCACGCCAGACAUUCUUCAAGGAAGAAGUUCGUGAGGACGACUUGACUCUUCGCGAGGAGACCAUUGCACCUGACAACUUCACCCGCAUCUCGGAGAUGGAUAACUUACACAUGUCGCGUGAUGAUGAACCACCCGCAAAGGAAGAAGCGAUUCGAGAAGGAAGCACAACGGAUGGCAUCGAGUGCGGUCGUGCGAAGUUUGCGUUCCAGGGCGAAAACCCCGACGAGCUCAACCUGAAGGAAGGCGAAGUGAUUCGCAUCUUAGAGAAGCGCCAAGGCGACUGGUGGUUCGGUGAGACCUGCGAUGGCACUCGUGGCAUAUUCCCGAGGGAGUACGUCGAGAUCGAUUAGGAGUAGCAGCUACAAUCCAUCCAUGAUGCACAGUCGUCGGAAUAUUUCUGUGGUGAUGUCGGUUGGGUCUAGAAUUAGGAUUUCUGAAAAGUCCGAAAUGUACCAAUACUGUUCCAAA